UGACCGUGAGGUAAAUUGGGGUUGGGGUCAACCUAAAGUGGAGCAGAUUAGGAAUCACAUACCUGAGGAACUCCAAGGGCGAUUUCGUUUUCUACUCGUUUUUGGAUCUCCUCUAACUGAUUUUUGAGCUGAGUCAGGUCUUUCAACUGUUUCAGGGGAUCCUAAAAAUAGACAAGCGCUUCAGAUAUCAAAGAAAGUACAAAUCAUACUGAUUCUAGAUGUUUUAAUAAAUGCAAACAGUCAAGCCAUUUACAUUUCUUGCUGCAGAAGGAUUUCCAUUAAGACAUACUGGCACGCCAGCCGGCGCGAGCAUAACUUCGGUAAAAAAAAAAAAUAAUAAUAAUAAUCAUAACAAUCUCAUCUAACCUGAAAGUUUUUAUAUUUUACAAUACUUUCUGGUACUAUAAUCCGAAUGAAUGUACUGUAGUUAAUGCAGGAACGCUGCACUCACCUUGUCAUUCGCCAUUUUUGCUCAUCGAAUUGAUCAGCAUUUGAUUAAUUAUCCUUGAAACCAAACAUUGCGAUUAGUCAGGUCUAAGUACGUUUCCCUGAUGAAAUUGGAUGUAAUUUGAGUAGUGUACGCCACUAUGAACAAGGAAUUCAAAUAGAUUACAUUCUUUGAUUUCAGUAUCUUUGCAUUUCAUGUGCAAUCGAAAGGACGCGUCUUCCGUACCGGAAUUGAAGUCACCUUCACGUGUCAAAAACGUCGAACGUGAUUGGCUAAAGUUUCUGUCUUUACGCCUGUGAUUGGUGUACAACCCAAGCAGCGAAAUCGCCAUGUUCUUUUUUUUUGAGAGUCGAUGUGAAAAGAAGCGACAUAUGCAGACAUUUAUCCUCCGCGAAUUCAACACUUUAAUUUAAUUUUGUAUAACACUAAAUUCCAUCGUAUCUACAAUGUCCACCCGGUUUGAUGUAUUUAACAUCCUUUUCAUAGCACCGUGAAGCGCUUCGUCCCACCAGAAGCAAGACUUCAACAAGAAGUCAUUUCAUUGGACAACGCUGUGAGUUGAUGGCAGUAUAGCAGUCAGGCCAUUAACGUUGCUUUAAAACCAUAAAUGCCGGUGUUUUUAACUUGUUACCGCCCCGUUAGUACCAAUUAUGAACAUUAUUUAAUGACGAACAUAUUAUUAUGUUUACCGAUAUUGCCUACUUGUCAUUUAAACACUAGUUGUGUGUUUAAGCCGUAGUUUAUAGUUUGCAACAAGAGAAUGUGCACUGAAUUAAUAAUUCAAGCUGGGGAUACCAUGAAUGUAUUUCCCUUAUAUUUUUUUCCUUACUGUUAAAUGAUAUUCUAUCAGAAAAGGGAAACACAAAGUAGGUAGCAUGUGUACAACCUCCGGCAAAAAAAAAAAAAAAAAAAAUCACCAGCCUCUGAGGAUGCUCAUACAGUUGUAUAAUUUUGUUGAAAAACAGCAGAUCACAGGCAUGACAUGACAAGUCAUUAUAAAUUCCAAAUUUCUGGCUUUAAGAACACUAAAAGAAGUCAGGAAAAAAAGAUGUGGUAGUCUGUUACAGUUACAGUAAGCCGAAGGAAUCAACAGUUUGAGCUUCCUAAAAUUUUAUCUACAGUAAAAUAUGUAAUUGAUUAAUGUCUAAAAACAUUUAAUAUCUAAUUGAUUAAUGUCUAAAAACAUGUAGUAUUACACAUUAUGGUAACGAUAACCUAUUCUGAGGAAGUAGGCUUAUCUAAAACCAUAAACUUCACUAUUAACAAUAUCAAAAGAGGCCAAGCAAUCUUUUUUUUUUUUUUUAACUGAAGUAAAAAAAAAAGAGAUAUAAGUGCAAAAAAUAAGUAAAAGUACAAGUAAGGGAAAAAAAAAAUCAAGUACAAAAGUACCUGCUUUAAAAUUUACAUUAUAAGUAAAAUAGUAUAUAAAGGAAAUGUAUUUCCUUAUUUGUAUUGUCUCCCAAUGCAAAAAUGUACGUAUCCGUAAGUAUAUAUAUUUUUAAAUUUAUUUUUUUUUAAAACAAUACAUACAUACAGAGAUCUUACUAAAUAUUCAAAGAAAGAACCAGUAAAUUCAUUGACUGCUCAGUUUGUUAAAAACUGUACCGAAUGGAAAAACCAAGCAAUAAAAAAAAAAUAAAAAAAAUAAAAAAAUGUAAACAGUUUAACAAUCUAGAAAACUCCAAAACCUACCUUAAUAGCGGAUUGCAAACAACUAUCAGGUUCAUGCCGCCACCUACUGUACAAGAGUGUGCAGCGCCCAUCUGAAGGCGCGCUGCUCUCACUGUUGGUUUUUAUUGGUCAGUAUCUCGUUCACCUAUCUAAUCUGUCUUGUACUCGUGUUGCUGUCUCUAAUGCUGAAUUACGACAUAGUUGGACAAGGCUUAUAGAUUGUGUGGGUGGCAUGAAAAUGAAACUAUGAAUUCACAAUGAGAAAAAAAGAAAACAAACAAAAUGAACGUGUAACGGAGGCUGCGGUUAUGACGGGACCAUGAACACAGGGAUUUAAUGAAAGUUGCAUGCUUCUACACUAGAUUUUCCUAAAAUAUGUUUUUAUUUGAAGUAAGAAACCAUUACAAAUGAUCAUAAUCUGCUAAAUGUUAUAGUUUUAAACAUAUAUAUAUUUAUUAGGAAAUUGAUUAAAUAUUUAUGAUGCUGUAUUCAAGUGAAAACAUCAAAGCAUUUCAUGGACGCAUUACAGUAAUGAAUUUACGACUCUAACAUCAGUUUAAAAACAUAAAAGACUAUUUUGGUAACAAAUUGUGGACUGGGCAACAUACUGUAGACAUCAGCAUCUUUCAACUAAAAAUGAACUCUUUCAGGUUUUCAUCACUAUUAUCACUAAAAUAUUCAAAGACAUAGUUUACAACUACCCGUCUCUAAAAUCUGGACCAAGUACAAACACAUGGGAAGAUUGUUAAAGAAAACUAUCCUGGUAGACCAAGGAAGACAUCAAAGCGUCAAGACAGAAAACUCAAAAGAAUAUGUCUUGAAAACAGAAAAAGCACAACAAAAACAACAAAACGAACAAGGAGCAAAUAGGUGGAAACUGGAGUCAAUGUCUUUGACUGAACUGUAAGAAACCGCCUAAAGGGAAUGGGGAUUUACAUACAGGAAAACUAAACAAAAGCCAUCAUUAACACCUAAACAGAAAAUAGCAAGGUUACAAUGGGCUGAGGAAAAGCUAUUGUGGACUGCGGAUGAUUGGAUAAAGUCCUAUUCAGUAAUAAAUUGCAAAUCUGCAUUGGCCCAGGUGAUGAUGCUGGAAUUUUUGUUUGAUGCCGUUCCAGUGAGAUUUAGGAAAACAACUGCCUGAAGGCUUGCGAUAGAGCAAAAACUGUGAAAGUAUUCCUUGAAGAAAGACUCACAAGGUCCAAUUGCCAUGGCCUGCAAAUAGUCCAGAUCUCAAUACAAUUGAAAUAUGUGGUGUGUUCAGUGUUGUUUUGUUGUAGUUGUAUUUUCAUUGAUUGAUUCCAUAUUUUUUCCCUUCGGCUUGGUCUAAAAAGGAAGCUGUUACCGUCUAUCGCAUCUUUUUUCCCUUUAUUUCUUUUAGUGUUUGUUAAAGCCAGAAAAGAAAGCUGCCAUUCAGAAUUACUUUAGUUUUGUAUCAUGUCUGUGAUCUGCUUUUUUCCCCUUACCAAAAUAACAACGGCAUGAACAUCCUCUGAGACUGGUGAUUCCAUAAUUUUUGCCAGGGGUUGUAUUCCCUUUCUGAUGAAAAUUUUAAAGUUGGCUCUGUUAUCCAAUUGGUCCCUGAUCUAAGGCCAUCACGGACAAGAUGGAGCCAUAUGAGGUUGUGAAGUUGACAGAGGAGGUAGAGAGCACCACCAACCAGGUUGAAGGGCUUUCCUCCAAGAAACGAAAACGCAAAAGUCAGGAAGAGGUUGAAGGUAGACCCAAGAAGCCCAGGUCUGCCUACCUGCUGUACUACUUUGACGUUCAUCAGAUAAUGCAACAAGAGAGGCCCAGUCAGCCACAAUCAGAGAUCAACAAGCGAAUAAGUGAGAGCUGGAAAAGGCUCAGCGUGGCAGAGAAACGCUAUUAUCUGGAAAAAGCCAACUCAGAGAAGGAGGGCACUGAUACAUUUUCUCUCAACACCUCCAAAGACCUUCCAGGCUUCCGUAAAAUUCUACCAAGAGCUACUAGUAGUUACCUUGUCCUGACAGACGAUCUUCAGGGUGGUUGCUCUCUGGCAGAUUGUCUCAAUCCUCCUGUUGAUGGAAAUGCAUCUUUUCCGGCUUUGACUCAAGAGCCGAAAAAUGCCCAAGAGCUUUGCUUAGCCAGCAAGGUGGAUGUUUCUCAGAUGUCUCUAAAUAAUAACAUUGGAAAGGAUAUAGGAGAGGCAUCGUCAUCAAUUACGAUUAAAUGCGGGUCUCCAGCUUCCAGAGACAUUUCUUUCUCACAGAGCCCUGUGGAUGCUACAGGAAGCUGUGUUUCAAUGAAAGGAUGUGAGAUAGGAAAUUCUGCUUGUGUAAAUAGUGGGGUGACGAUUCACCAACCCCAAAGAGAAGCAACACAAGUGGUUGCCAUCUUCUCCAACCAGAACCAGCUUGAGCCCAAAUCUUUGGCAGGGGUCAGCACUUUGGGCGCCUUAAUGAUGGUACCCAUGGCAGCGAGGGAAGAGCAAAGUACUGAGCCACCAUACAAGAUGGCUGUGAAGACAUACACCAGAAGAGGUCGUGGUAGAUGUGUGAAUCCUCAGUGUUCAUUUGUGUAUGUCACUCGCCACAAGCCAACAAAAUGCCCUGAAUGUGGAUGCCAUCUUGGUGGCAAAUGGAUUCCUGCUGCAAAAAAAGCCCAGAAAAAAGGUCUACACGUUUCCAAGUUGGUGUCAGAUGCCAAGUCCAGUUCAAGCUGCCAAAACACGAUGCAGAAGGAGCAUGCCAAUUCCAGUGAAGCUAAACCCAGUGGGAGCAAAAGAGACAGGCAAACAGACUUGAAAAACAUCAAUGCAGUUACAAAUGUAGAACCAGCAGAGGGCAGCAAGGAAACACCAGCCGAAAUAUAUGUGAAUGUGCAGCCACAAAUAAGGCAUGUAAAAAAAGUAGCACUCGCAAGUCAGAGCAUGUGCAAUGUUCAGGGGAGGCCGGUCAGACCCAUCUUACCUUCUUCCUGCAGCACAGGUCAAGCUUUGUUCCAGGUCAUGGCCGUCCCAACAUUGAACAGAAAAAUACCAACACUUAACAACAAACCACUUACUGAGCUACAAGAGAGAUUCUCAGGUCUCAAAGACGGUACUCUUAAACAGCUUGGCCGGGUAAUCCAAUCCAAACAGGAUUCUUUGGUCACGGCAAGCCAGCCUGUUUCUUCGCCAUCUCAACAGGGCAUGACCAUUGUGUCGGUUGUGCCUUUCAAGCACACAAAUGUCAAUAGCUUUGACCUAGGACUGUCAACAGCAAGAGGUCGGGGACACUGUAAGAACAAGUUUUGUGACUACGUGUACAAGAACAGACACAAACCAUCUGUGUGUCCAAAAUGUGGUUGUGAGCUGACACAGGGGAAGCCUAAGGGCCCUAAGAAGUCUGUUCGAGGGGUCGAUCCAUGCCAGCCUCUAAGUCCUUCUCAGAAAGACAUCCAACGGCAGUCCACCCUGCAGCUUAUUCGCCAUUCCCUGCAGAUUCCAGAGAGCGAGGCAGAGCUCCAGGAAACACUUGCCCUCAUCCAGGAUCUUAACAGUCUUCAGAUUGUCCUACUUCAACCGGGAGAACAGAAGAAGGAUGGGACCGUUGAAACCCAGACCCUAGUGGAAUCAGGAUGGCCUCAGUUCUAUGAAUCAUCAGCAACUCAAUGUGUCCUCUGUAAAAAGCCUCUUUACAAAGGAGAUCAGAGCACGAUAGCUGGACAGGAGGAAUGCUGGUUGCUUACUGAGACGUUAAUCCAGACAGCAUCGUUGCAGCUCAAAGUCUGUCUCAAUGCUCGAUGUCUGGCUCUGCACAGCUUCACUGACCUGCAUCCAGGUUUGUUCAACAUUGGAAACAAACUACUGGUUAGUAUUGAUCUGUUUCUGAAAAUCAGAGCCAAAAUGAGAUUGGGCCACCCACCCACUCAGGCUGUCAGGACCUUAUUUGACCAUGUCUCCAAUCACCCCGUCCAUACGUUGAGUCCAGAGGAAUCAUCCCAAAUUCAAGAGUUUUUGCUGAUCGGCUACUGGGCCUUCGAGAGCCUAACGCUGCGAGACUACAAUGAUAUGAUCUGCGGCAUUUGUGGCGUCGCCCCCGUGUUGGAGAUUUCCAGGCGAUACACGAACAAUGUGCUGGAGCUCAAGAAUCUGGAGUUCACCUGGCCCGAGUCAUCAGUGUCGGACGAAGUGAACUUGGAUGACUUUUGGCUGACAAUGGAGACUGAGGCCAUUGAGCAAGCAGCUUUCCCGACAGAGAUCCCCAUCACACGGGUGGACGCUUCAAUUAUUGCACCCUUCAUCCCCCCGUUGAUGAGGAGCCCCACUGUAAUUAACACAGAGAAGGACAAGCUCAUGUUACCAACACAGCUGCCCAAUGGAGCGCCGUCAAUUUUAGUACGGCUCAUUCAUGAUGGCGAGUUGAGGCCCGACAAGAUCCAAUACCUCAGCGAAGAUGAGCUGAGAACAAUUCUGGAGCGCUGUGGGGUGAGCAUCGCUCCAGGCUCCACGAAGAACGACCUGAUGUCUUCACUCAUCUCCAUGUGCACGUAUGUUCAAAGCGGCCUCCCCACUGGCCCACAACCCCCUCAGCACCUCACAGCCGGCAAGCUAUGCAAGGUCUGCCCCCACAAGGUUGUGUGCAGCUCCAAGUAUUUGGUGAGAGGAGAGACUGCUCGGGACCACGUGGACCUGCUGGUGUCCUCCCGUUUCUGGCCCCCGGUUUACGUUGGCGACUGCGCUCGACAAGUGGCUCUUUGUACGGACAUGCAGUACCCAGGAAUGGCCGCCCGGAUGUGGGGUCGAAAUCAGGGCUGCUUCUCCGAGCCUUUUGAGAAACCAGAGUUCGUGUCAUGCGCCGAGCUGCAAGAGAAGCCAUACAAUGACGACCUAUCUACGACCAGAGACAACGGACAUCUUCACCCCUACACUAAAUCUCCCUUCCGUUGGCUGGUGCAUCCUCCAACAUUGUCUCCGAGCCACGAGACUUCUCUUCCAGAGCACCACUCCAUGGCUUUGUGUAAAGACCUCGAGCACCUCAUCUGUACUGUGACGCAAAUCACUGGGGAGGAAAUAGUAAAAGAUGAAAAACAGAGCCACCAAAGUUCAGUGAACUGUUUAAGGACACAGCAUGUGCUUUUCAGCAACCCGGCGCAUUACUACCUCUACAACCGCCUGCUGGAUUUUCUCUCCAGUAGGGACAUUGUUAAUGAGCAGAUUAACCAAGUCGUAAAGGUGUGCCAACCCGGAGAAGUCGUCAUCCGGGAUACGCUCUACCGGCUCGGAGUGGCAAAUAUCAACCUGGUGGAGGAAGAAGAACAAAAAAGCGUAGAGGAGGAACCGAAACAAGGGACAGAGAUGAUGUAUGAAGUGGUGCUGCCUGAAUGAAAGCAGCCCCGCUGGUGUUUGACAGUACAAAUUUUACAAAUUUACUCACAACAUUUCAAGGAUGAAUUUCCAGGAUGAACCAUAAACAUGAACGAAUGAAGUAGACAUUCUUGAGAAAUAUAUUAAAUGGAUCAAUUUGGAACUAUUUAGCGCCACGUUAAGCAAAAAAAAAAAAAAUACUGAAGCAUGUGCAUUCAAAAGUAAGUUCAUAUGUGCACCUUUGUUUUAGGUUCAUCCUCAAAUUUCACUUAAAAGUCCAGUACCCCCAACUUAUUUUCAGUUUAUGUAUAGCAGAUAUGUAAAAAGUAAAAAACAUGGAUAUUUAUACAAAUGUUUUGCAAUUUAGUGGCUGCAUUGUUUACGGUGAAUAAACUAUUAAAAAAAAGAGCAUGCAGUAUUACACAUUUAGGAAUUUUCCAAUUCAGCUCCAUUUAUGAGGAGUGAAUGUUCUGGAAAGAUUUGAUCAAAAACUUGUCACUUUAUCUGUUGAACAGUGAAUGAAUCAAUUCUGAACUAUUAUAAAAGUAUAAAUGAUAGAUACAAUGGCCAAUUCAUAUAUUUUUGCUGUAGACUUUGUUUCAAACAAAGGGUGCUUUCUUUUACCGUGACUGAUUUAAUGUUCUAAUAUUUGUUAAAGGAAGGUGGAGUUCGUUUUCAAGUUUGCCUAUUAAUGCUUUCCUGUUUUUGCGAGAUUGUAUUUGUCAUGUGCUUGCACAGAAUUACCUCUCAUUUGCCAUUUGUUGCCUUUUGGAGUGAAUGUCAAUGUAUAGCCGACGCAUGUACAUGUAUACCACUUGCACAAACGAGGAUAUAUAUAACAGUUGUUAUUUAUCAAUAAAUUAAAAGGCU